AUGGGGAACAAGUUAAUCGCCCAAGUUAAGAAAAAUUUGUGCGAUUAUAAAAUUAUUGAGAAGUUUGUAGCGGGGAUAGUGUUGACUGGUAAUGAAAUAAAAUCAGUUCGUAAUUAUCAAUCCUCUAUUGACGAGUCUUAUAUUUUUCCUCAGCAGCAGGAGUUAUAUGUUUUAAACAUGCAUAUUGCAGUUUAUAAAUAUUCUCAUACUGCUAGUUUAGUGCAGGCUCGUGACCCUAAAAGAAGAAGAAAAUUAGGUUGGGCGAAACUGGAAAUUGCCCUUGCACAGCGUUUAAGAAAAUAUCAAAUCAAGGAAAAAGUUAAAGAGAAAGAAUUAAAGAGAAGAUUAAAAAACGAACCCUUUUAUUGGGAGCUGCGGGUUUCUAUUAACAAGUUAGAAAGAGUUCGUAGUAAUCGUAUUUCUGUGGAAUUAAUCGGAAGUUUGAUAAUAGAAUAUCAAGGAGAAAAAAAAAUGAUAAAGUCUUUGGCUAGUUCGCGGGUGUCUCCUAGUCAUGAAUUAGUUGUUCGUGCUUUUGAUCCAAAGUUAAUUCCAUUAAUUAGUAAAGCAAUCUUAGAUAGUCAGUUAGGGUAUAAGGUUGAAAAAACUACUAAGGAGGAAGUUUAUUUUGCUUUAUUACCAAUGACUACAGAAAUUCGUGAAAGGCUGAUUAAAAAUGUAAAAGUGAUAACUGAGGAAGGAAAAAAAGCCUUUCGACUUGUUCAUCAGGAGAUAAAAAAUGCUUUAAAGAAAGUCCCUAAUCUUUCCCAGGAUCAGAAGAGAAAUUAUGAGAGACAAGGUGAUAAAUUAGUUAGAGAUUAUCAGGAUAAACUUAUUUCGGCCGAAGAAAAAAAAGUUCGUGAAUUAAGUUCCUAA